UACAACAAUGGAAAAGAGAAGAAAAGAAACUGAAACUCCCACUCUUUUUUAUUAUUAUGCAUAGAGAAAAGUAUCUACAAAUUCAAACCCACCUCCCCAAAAAAAAAGUAAAAAUGCAAAAUCAAAAUGAUCCGAAAACAGUAACAUACACUAUACUGCCCCAUUUCUUCACAGCCUGUAAGAAAAACCUUGAAAAUCCGUGAGAAAGCCGACAAUUCAAGAUAAUUCCUAGCAUCCCAUGUGGGAUUCUUCUUUUUUUUUUCCCCUCAUCAGCUCUCUCUUUGUUGUGUCACGACAUAGUUGUUCGGUUCUUGCUGUGCGUGUGUGUGUGUGCGCGUUUGUUUGUUUUUCCCUCUUCUCCUCCUCUCUGUUGUAAGAGGCACUUUCCCUGAGGAAACAAACCCUGUUUCAACUUCCUCUUAGGCUUUUUGUUUUUCAAUAUGUGGGAGUCAGCGAUUGAAUCUGUCAGAGGGAGAGAAUAUGGGAAUGGAGUCCUUAGCUCCAGUAAGCAUGGUGUCAAGACUGAUGGUUUUGAGCUUAGGGGCCAAUCCUGGUACGUUGCUACUGAUAUUCCAAGUGACCUUCUAGUUCAGGUUGGAGAUAUCAAUUUUCACUUGCACAAGUAUCCCCUGCUUUCCCGAAGUGGAAAGAUGAAUAGGCUUAUAUAUGAGUCCCACGACCCAGACCUGAACAAAAUUGAUUUGGAAGAUCUCCCUGGAGGACCUGAGGCGUUUGAGCUAGCAGCAAAAUUCUGCUAUGGUAUUGCAUUAGACUUAACGGCAGGUAAUAUAUCCGGUCUGAGAUGUGCUGCAGAGUACCUUGAGAUGACAGAGGACUUGGAAGAAGGAAAUCUCAUAUUUAAAACUGAAGCAUUUCUCAGUUACGUUGUCCUAUCCUCAUGGAGAGACUCAAUACUUGUACUGAAAAGUUGUGAAAAGCUCUCACCAUGGGCAGAAAACCUUCAAAUUGUUCGAAGAUGUAGUGAGUCGAUAGCUUGGAAGGCUUGUGCCAAUCCAAAAGGAAUCAAAUGGGCAUAUACUGGGAAACCCUCUAAAGUUUCUAGCCCCAAAUGGAAUGAUUUGAAGGAUUCAAGCCCCAGUAGAAGCCAGCCUGUUCCUACUGAUUGGUGGUUUGAAGAUGUUUCAGUCCUUAGGAUUGACCACUUUGUAAGGGUUAUUACCGCAAUCAAGGUCAAAGGAAUGAGAUUUGAAUUGGUUGGGGCUUCAAUAAUGCAUUAUGGAACCAAAUGGCUUCCUGGUUUAAUAAAAGAUAGUCAGGGGCAAGCAGAUGAUACGAGCAGCAGCAGCAAUAGUAAUAGCAGUGGCAGCAGUAGCUGGAAAGGUGGACUCUAUAUGAUUGUAGCGGGAACUAAAGAUGACACUUCAUCCAUUCAGGCCAAAGAUCAAAGGAUGAUCAUCGAAAGUCUCAUUAGCAUAAUUCCACCACAGAAAGACAGUGUGUCAUGCAGUUUUCUUCUUCGGCUUUUGAGGAUGGCAAACAUGUUGAAAGUGGCACCUGCUUUGGUGACUGAAAUGGAGAAGCGGGUUGGUAUGCAAUUUGAACAGGCUACGCUGGCAGAUCUUCUCAUUCCUUCUUACAACAAAACCGAGACUUUGUAUGAUGUGGACCUUGUUCAAAGACUCUUAGAGCAUUUCCUAGUUCAAGAGCAGACAGAAAGUUCGAGCCCAAGUAGGCAAUCUUUUUCUGACAAACACAUGUAUGAAGGAACACCAAGGGGCAAUAAUCCAAAUGCCAAGAUGAGAGUCGCCAGGCUAGUUGAUAGUUAUCUCACAGAGGUUUCCAGAGAUAGAAACCUAUCUCUGACAAAGUUUCAGGUACUGGCAGAAGCUUUGCCUGAGUCUGCAAGGACCUGUGAUGAUGGACUUUAUCGAGCAAUUGAUUCCUAUCUUAAGGCCCAUCCAACACUCUCUGAGCACGAAAGGAAGCGACUCUGCCGUGUCAUGGACUGCCAAAAACUCUCCAUUGAUGCCUGCAUGCAUGCUGCUCAAAACGAAAGGCUCCCCCUGCGAGUCGUGGUGCAGGUGCUCUUCGCGGAGCAAGUGAAAAUUAGCAAUGCAUUGGCCAACAGCACCCUCAAAGAUCCCGCAGAAACUCAAUACCAUCACUUUAUACCGAACCGUAACACAUUACUUGAAGGGACACCACAAUCAUUCCAAGAAGGAUGGGCAGCUGCUAAGAAGGAUAUUAACAGACUCAAGUUUGAGCUGGAAAGCGUGAAGGCAAAAUACCUUGAGCUCCAAAACGACAUGGAGAACUUGCAACGACAAUUUGAUAAGAUGUCAAAGCAGAAACAGACAUCCCCAUGGAGCAGUGGAUGGAAGAAACUAAGCAAACUCACUAAGAUGACAACCUUAGAAAACCAUGACGUCGGACCUCAAAUCUCAACCACGGCCGAUCAGACUAGAAAGGCACCUAGAAGAUGGAGAAAUUCAAUUUCAUAAAAGGCGAAAAGGUGCAAGAAAAACUGAAAAAAGAAAAAAAAAAAAAAGGCAUAUAAUUAAUCAAAGAAAGAGGUGCCUCACCUCUACAUUUCCAUGCAUCCUGUCUUGCUGUGUUUUUCUCUUCCCUUUUUUUCGUUCAUAUUCUUCUCACUUUUUUUAUCUACAGCUUUUACCCUGAAAAAAAGAGGAAAACAGAAAAGCCAGCAUGAAACAAAAGUAAAUUUGUCACUCAAAACGUGUUUCUUUCUAUGUGUGAUUCACCGAUUUGCUUUGGAGAGUGUGAUGAUUCUUCUGUAAUUUUCAACUUAGUACCCACUUGUUUUCCAAGUGCACAUCACAUAUUUGCUCUACCUUAUCAGAUAAAGAUAGUGCCAAAUCAAACAUAGGAAAUGAUGAAGGAGAUAAAAAUACAGAGAAUCAACUACCAAUGAGUUUCACAUGCAGAGAUAAGGAUAUCAACUAACAAUAAUUUUAUCAUGCAUGCAGAGAUAAUAAAGGAUAUGAUCAUGCUCGCUGUAUAAAUUAGACCAAAAGCAGAAUAUCACAUGGAGAGAUGUUCGUGAUUAGAUAGAAAUCAGGCGGAAAACAGUCACCUAAAUUUCAUACACAGCCAAAAAAAAGCCUACUAAUUAAUGCAUGUGCUAAGUUUUCAUGAAUUCUGUCAAUUUAUCUUGGCACCAUCAUUCUUUUUUUUAACUUGAGACUCAUUUGAGCGCUUGGCUUAGAAGUUAAAUAAAUGGACGAAUGGCAGAGAAAUAGUAAGAAAUCAUGGAUUUAGGUAAAAGCCACCAUUUCUAU